CGAGAAAUUAGUGGAAAGAGGAUUACGAUAAACUAAAGAUUUUUCAUAUGAAAGACUACUCUUAAUAUACUAAAUUUAAAACGAAUAUUUAUUGAAAUUAAAUUAAAUUAUAUUAUCAAAUAUUUAAAUUCUUAUAGUGGUAGUAUAAAACUGAUUAACACGCCCAUAAUAGGGAACAAACACUUCACUUGCCUUUCUUUUUUUCUUAAAAAGGGAAGAGUCUAAAGAAACAUGAAGAUGGCGGACAGCACGACGAUUCUGCGAAGAAACAGACCAGGAACAAAAGCAAAGGAUUUCUCUCGCUGGGCGGAUGAACCAUUAGAAGAAAUGGAUAGCACUUUGGCUGUACAACAAUACAUUCAGCAACUGAUCAAACGUGAUCCAUCAAAUGUUGAGUUAAUUUUGACAAUGCCAGAAGCUCAAGAUGAAGGGGUUUGGAAAUACGAACAUCUCAGACAAUUUUGUAUGGAACUAAAUGGACUGGCUGUUCGUUUGCAAAAACAAUGCUCACCUACGACAUGCACACAAAUGACGGCCACCGAUCAAUGGAUAUUCCUAUGUGCUGCACAUAAAACCCCAAAAGAAUGCCCCGCCAUUGAUUAUACACGACAUACACUGGACGGCGCAGCAUGUCUCUUGAAUAGUAAUAAAUACUUCCCAAGCAGGGUUUCAAUCAAGGAGUCAUCAGUGACCAAAUUAGGUUCAGUGUGUCGUCGUGUUUACCGAAUAUUUUCCCAUGCGUAUUUUCAUCACCGGCGAAUAUUUGAUGAAUUUGAGGCUGAAACGUAUUUAUGUCAUCGCUUCACUCAUUUUGUCACGAAGUAUAAUCUCAUGUCCAAGGAGAAUCUGAUUGUUCCAAUUAACGAAGAGGAAACUGCAACACCUGGAGAGAGUGAAGCUUAGGACUUUUAUAUUCAGAGCUUGGAAAAUUGUGUGUAAAUGCAUAUGCAACAAACAAAUGCAACAUAUUUAUAUCCAACACAAUACAGCGCAAUCUGAAAACAAAGGCGUAUGAGAAAUGCUCAUACAACAGUAACAACAAAACAAUAAUAACUAGAAAAAUCAUAAUUAGAAAGCAAGUCAUUAAAACAUUAUAACCACAAUAAAAAUAAUUAUGAAAUUUAUUAAUGAAAAAUAUGUAUUAAAAUAUAAAAAAGACCGGAAAUCAAAGCAAUCUUUUUUGCGAAAUUAUAAUGAAAAUUCAGAAGAAAGAAAAUGCAAAAGAAGGAAGAGCAGUAUGUAUGAGAAAUCCUCAUUGUGGAAUUUUUCUCAAUGUGGCAAAUUAUUCUUCUAUAAUCUAUAUAUUGUCUGGAAGCAAAAUAAAACAUUUAAUAAAAUGUCUUUAAAUUAUAAAAAAGGAUGAAACCUUCAAAACUCGAUUAAAAAAAGGUAUUCUGUUAAUAUCCCUUUGAUAAUGCCGUGGCAAAAAUUUAACAUUAAGCAGAGUAUUGGCAGAAUUUAUUCUAAUAAAAAUAAUAAGUCUAAUUAAUUGCUUUAAAAUUUCUUUAGUAUAAUUUAAUUGAAAAUUGCAAUGUGUGCUAUUGAAAUUUUUGUUUGCUAUAUAGUAACAAAAAUCUAUUUAUAGAUUUUAAAGCAGAAUAUAGAAAUUGGUUCUUUGUUUUAGUGUCAGUACACGUAAAUUCCCAAAUAUAUAUAUUCUGAGCAAACAUUUAACAUUUUUUAUUUUACAUCGAAAAUAUUGUUUUAAUUAUGUAUUAGUUGUCGAAAGAACAUGCGAUGAUGAUCGUGAGGGAUUUAUUUAAUCUAAACUCGUCGAGAAUCAGUCAUUGUAAUUAGUUAAUCUCGCAAUUUCAUAAGCAGCAUACUGAAGCUAAACGUUAACUAUAUGUCAUAAAAUGUGCUGUUCAUUUUCGAAAUAUUUUAUUUAUAGUAAACAUAAAAAAAUUAAAUAUAAUAUAUCGACAUAGUAGAUUCUUUUUUAAUGAUCAAAUUAUUUAAAAGUGAUUGAAACAUCCAACAAAUUAGAUACAAAACAAAAAAAAGUAUACGUAUAUAUAUUUAUAUGUAGUCUCCACUUUUGAUUAUUUAACAAUAGAUACAAAGUAACAACCAUAAAUACAACAUACAUAAAUUUAAUAUGCGGAAAAAUUUAAUAAACAGCAAUAAAUGAAAAAAUAUGUAAUAAACCUGUAAUGAAUAUAAAAACUAAGGAAUAAAAAAAACUUAUGUAAGAUAUCAGUUUGAAUACCUUUCUAGCAGUAGUAUUUACACAUAAAGCAGUUUUUGUUAUGAACUUAUUUCUCAUUCCUCAUAGAAAAUACCCCAGAUUUUUAUCACAGCUUUCCUAGAAAAUUUGAUACCUAGGAACCCCAAAAAUUUUUUUCUGACAAUUAGAUCAAGGACUAUCUGCCAGUUAUUUCUGUAUCUACUACAUCAACAUUUAUUGUCAUCAACUAGUGCUUUAAUAUAUCUAAAAUAUAGUUAAAUACACGAACAGAAUUAAAUGUUA